GACGUCACUAUCGGCGUGGCUUUUGUUAAAAGCGCGCCUCCCGUCCUCGUUGUCAAAAGCUCGUGUGUGCUUAUAUCCGUCAGUGUCGUGGUUCGUGUGGAUACUGGACCUGUGCAGAUCCGACCCGUUCGCCGUUACCCGCUUGUUAGACAACUUCGAGUUGAACCCAAAUAUGUCUACCAUCGUCUGCUGUCAAACGGAUCAGGUUAUAAUACACGACCAACCUAGAAAAGGUUUCAUUCUAUAGCCAACGGGAUCCCGAGGACUUGAUUACAGUCGCUCUAAGCCUGGAAGUUUGCGUUAGCGCGGCUGCCCGUCCUUCCAUUCGCUCUGCGCUCGCUGAUUCCCUGGCAUCACCUCUGCCACCUGCUCAGAAGUGAAGCAAAGACCUGGUUGUUAGACCCCCAACACAACUGCAAGAUUUCUCCAAGAAUUAAGGAAUUUUUGAUUAGACUUGAAUCCCAAAACCGCAAAGAAAAUGAUUCCGAACGGAUAUUUGAUCUUCGAGGACGAGACCUUCCUGGAUUCUACUGUCGCCAAAAUGAACGCGCUUAGGAAGAGUGGACAGUUCUGUGACGUCAGACUGCAGGUGUGCGGUCAUGAGCUGAUGGCACACCGUGCUGUGCUGGCAUGUUGCAGCCCGUACCUGUUUGAGAUCUUUAACAGCGAUCUGGAGACUCACGGUAUCUCUCAUGUGAAGUUUGAGGAUCUGAACCCUGAGGCUGUGGAGAUCCUGCUCAACUACGCCUAUACUGCCCAAUUGAAAGCAGAUAAAGAGUUGGUUAAGGAGGUUUACUCUGCAGCCAGACGGCUUAAGAUGGAAAGAGUGAAGCAGAUUUGCGGUGACUACCUUCUGUCCAAGAUGGACUCCCAGAAUGCCAUUUCCUAUCGUAACUUUGCCAGCAGCAUGGUGGACGCUCGUCUGCUAGCCAAGAUCGACUGCUACAUCCAGGAACAUCUUUUGGAGAUCUCGGAGCAGGAGGAUUUCCUCAAACUGCCGCGCUUGAAGUUGGAGGUGAUGCUAGAGGAUCAUCUGAGCUUGCCCAGCAACGGGAAGCUGUACUCAAAGGUGAUCAGUUGGGUGCAGCGCAGCCUGUGGGAGAACGGGGAGCCGCUAGAGAGACUGAUGGAGGAGGUGCAAAUGCUGUACUAUUCGGCCGAUCACAAGCUGCUCGAUGGGGGCCUGCUUGAGGGCCAGGCCGAGGUGUUUGGCGCUGAGGAUGACCGCAUUCAGUUUGUGCAGAAAAAGACACCACGAGAGAACGUUCACAGGCAGCUGAGCAACAGCUCCAACGGCAGCCUCUCGCCUGGCUCGGCUAAACAGGAGUGGAAGUACAUCGCCUCUGAGAAGACCAGCAACAAUACAUAUCUCUGCCUGGCGGUGCUCAACGGCAUGCUGUGUGUCAUCUUCCUGCAUGGGCGGAGCAGUCCCCAGACCUCGCCCUCUGCCACGCCCUGCAUGCAGAAGAGCCUUAGCUUUGAUUCUCCACCCCAAGAAGAGGAUCAGGAGCGUCUUCUGUCUCCCAUGCACUACGCCCGCUCUGGCCUUGGCACUGCCGCGCUGAACGGGAGACUGAUUGCUGCAGGUGGUUAUAACCGUGAGGAGUGCCUGAGGACUGUGGAAUGUUACGAUCUGAAGACUGACAGCUGGAGUUUUAUUGCACCGAUGAGGACACCGCGGGCGCGCUUUCAGAUGGCAGUGCUUAUGGGGCAGCUGUAUGUGAUGGGUGGCUCCAACGGCCACUCGGACGAGCUGAGCUGCGGGGAGAUGUACAAUCCGGAUUCAGACGAAUGGACCCAAGUGCCAGAGCUCCGGACCAACCGCUGCAAUGCAGGUGUCUGCUCUUUCAACAACAAGCUCUAUGUUGUGGGUGGAUCAGAUCCCUGUGGACAGAAAGGUCUGAAGAACUGCGACGCUUUUGAUCCUGUGACCAAGGACUGGACUAGCUGUGCCCCGCUAAACAUCAGGAGGCACCAGGCAGCUGUUUGCGGGUUGGAUGGUUACAUGUACGUGAUCGGAGGAGCAGAGUCCUGGAACUGUCUGAACAGUGUUGAGCGCUACAAUCCUGAGAACAACACCUGGACCCUGGUCGCCCCCAUGAAUGUGGCUCGGAGAGGCGCUGGCGUGGGCAUCUAUGCAGGUUUUUGUGUCACAGGUAAGCUGUUUGUGGCGGGAGGCUUUGACGGCUCCCACGCCCUGCGCUGCGUAGAGGUCUAUGACCCGGCACGCAACGAGUGGAAGAUGCUCGGGAGCAUGAACUCGGCACGGAGCAACGCUGGCGUGGCAGUUCUUGACAACCUCAUCUUUGCGGUGGGUGGCUUUGAUGGCAACGACUUCCUCAACACGGUGGAGGCGUAUAACCCGGAGCUGGACGAGUGGAGCACCUGUGCCGAGGCUUUCAGCAGCGCCUGAUGGGUGUGUUAGGACGGGCGCAGAAGGGAGGGGAGUGUUAAUGGGUAAUGUCUCUCUCAAACUAACAGGCUUAGUGACGUAAUCGUGCUUCGUGAUGUUGUGUAUGUUUAUGGGGCGGGGCUUUGGACAUGGGGUGGGGAUGUUAUGUGGGUCUUCAGUGAAGACUGACUAGAGUGGAAUGGUGGGGAUGAGUCGGGUGGGGGGUCGUUUCGGGACAAAGUAAUUUUCUGUACAUAAUUUUUUUUUCCAUUAGCUUUUUUUUUUAUUUUACAGAAAUUGCCAAUCUUUACUGCACAUUGAUUGUACUUUUUGAAUGGGUAUUUAAGUUAGGAACAACUUUCCAGUAAAGCACUGGUGGGGUUCCAUGUUCAAGGAGAGGAGUUGAUUUUCAGGUAGUGCAUUUUUAUUUUGAAAUAUUAGCUUACACAUGGUUAUGUAAUAGCCUUACUCAUCGAACAAUCACUUGCAUAGCUUUUUAUUUUCACGUUAACUGUUAUGCAGGAUUGGUUUACCAAUCAAUAACAAUGGCCUUUUUAUAUUUUUGAUACACUUCUGAUUGAUAGAUGAGCUAAGCAGACACAAACCUUAACAGUGCCAGUAUAGUUUGAGUAUAUACACGAGUGCAAACUAAACUAUUUCUGCUAAACUAACAUCUGCAGUUGAACUAAUUCAUGACUGUUUAUUUUUUUCCAUUUCAAUGUCUGAUAUUUUCUGUUAGGAAUUUGAGGUAAAUAGUUCUUCACUGUUAUUGUUUUUUUGCAUUCAACUGAAAUGGCGAGCGAGAUUCUGUAUAUCACUUGUUACAAGCUGAUAUUUCUUAACAAAUAGAUCAUUUCAGCCUCCAA